CUCUCACUCACAACUCACAUCCCCCUCUCUUCAGUCUUCACUGAUCAGAAUUCACCGCUCAGUCAGAUAUCAUCUUCUUCUUCUCUAAACGGCACCGUUUCUGCUCCCAUUCAUUCUGGUGCUAUCAAGAUUUAAGAUUUUGCCAUGGAAAUUGAUGAGGCUCAACGAGUGCUUCCCUUUCAGCUUCAGUUCGAUAAGCCAGUUGCCUCUCAGAUUAAAAUUGCAGAAUGGAACCCCGAGAAGGAUUUGCUGGCUAUGGUCACUGAAGACUCCAAGAUUUUGCUGCACCGUUUUAAUUGGCAGAGGUUGUGGACAGUCUCUCCCGGAAAGAGCAUAACAUCAUUAUGUUGGCGUCCUGAUGGUAAAGCAAUUGCUGUUGGGCUUGAAGAUGGAACAGUUUCAUUGCACGAUGUUGAAAACGGAAAGUUGCUGAGAAGCUUAAAAUCCCAUGGUGUUGCUGUUGUUUCUCUUAACUGGGAGGAGGAUGGACAGAUGAAUAAAGAUGAGCAGGGCAGCAUAUCAACAUAUGAAGACCGUACUCCUCAUUACUUCCCACCUCCUCCAAGAGUUCCACGGAUGCCUGGACUGGUAUCUGGAGAUACUGGUUUUAUAGAUGAUAGUGAAGAUUCAUUUCGAGAGCUGUCAAAUUCUUCACAGCAACGAUUUAAUAUCCUCUGUAGUGGGGACAAAGAUGGAUUCAUUUGCUUCAGCAUAUUUGGGAUUUUCCCAAUAGGGAAAAUUAACAUACACAACUUCUGUGUUCCUACUCCGCUUAUGGAUACAAAAGCUGAGUGCAGACUUCAGAAUGCUUCUGUUCACAAGGUUGCUUUGUCAAAAGAUCUUUGUCAUUUGAUAGUCAUAUGUUCAGGAGAAUUGAGUGAAGAUAGGAAAGAAUCAGACAACAGGCCAAUGACUCAACAUGGUGUGCGUGGCUUACACUGCACAGUGCUUGAUACAUCUAUAUUUUGGAAGAGGAAAAAUGAGCUUCACCAAGUGGCUCAACAAGCUUCUAACAUUGAGGAAUUGGUUGAGGUUAUUCGGGCAUCACUUUCAGUUAUGCAUAAGCAAUGGUCUGAUGCUAUGCACACUUUUCAUGAAAAGUUUGAUUCUCUUUCUAAUCUGAUUAUUGACAAUGGUAACUUCUCAAUGACUCUGUAUCCCUCUUUCUUGAUGCAGUUCUUGCUUAUUUUAGUUUUCCAUUCAUACAUUUCCUACCAUUUGUAUAUAGGACUGGACUCUUGUCCCCAAGAAGAGUUUUUGAGUCUUUUAGGUGGUGCAAGGACUAGUCCAGCAGUUCAUCAAUUUCUAGUUAACUCUCUUGGUGAAGUGGGUGUGAAGCGCGUGUCAAAGGCUGUUUGUGGUGCCGGGAAAGAACUUCAGCUUAUUGUCCUAAAUCAUCUCCAGCCUGCUGCAGAAAUUAUUGCAUUCAGGAUGGGCGAACUAAGAGGCCUUUCAAGAUGGCGAGCAAGAUAUCAGGGUAUUGGUUUGGAUGAGGCACUCAUCAAUAAUGCGACAGAGAAAGCUGGAAUGAUACUUAUACAAGUAGAACGAUUUAUUAGGGUGCUUUCAACUGUGGUGCAGCAGUUUUCAAAUUUCUUCAACUGGCUGUUGAAAUGUAUAAAGUUACUUAUGUCAGAACCUAGUGAUCAUCAUCUUCUACUGUACAAUAGUGAACUUGUUGUUAUAUUCUUGAAGUUUUUAUACGAUCAAGAUCCUGUGAAGCAGUUGCUGGAAGCAUCAGAAGCUGAUGACCAUAUUGAAGUUGGUUUGGAGACAAUGCAGAGAGUUAAAGAAUUAGUUCAGUUUGGGGGAUUUUCAGAUUUUGAAUAUCUGCAAAGGACAUUAGCCAAGGAAUUUCAGCAGGUGGAGUCUAGUUUUAAGGAGGCUUUUCGGAUGCCUUUUACUACAAUUUCAAGAAAGAUACUGUGCGGGGAUUUAUUGCCGCUUUGCCCUCUUCCACCUUCGUCAGCAUCUUUGUCUUCCACCAUUCCGAUGUCAGUAUCGUAUUACAAGGAUGCCUCCCAAUCUGUCUCUUCUCAUCAGAGUCAACACAUGCUUCUUGAUUACAUAUCUUUCCAAAUACCAGAUGAUUCUUUCUCCGGAGUUUCGAAUUGUAUAGGCAUAGUGAGAGGGUUUAUGCUUGACUCGAUCAGUGUAAAGAGGGGUUAUACUUCACUAGAAGCUGUAUUAUUGUGUGUACCUGGUGGUUAUUGCUGUGCGGAUCUUUCCUUAUAUAAGGAAAGUCAGAUUGUUCUGUUAUUGAAUGAAACAACUGCCACUUCUGAAAGUUCUGGAACUGCUUCUAUGAUGAUUGUGCAAGCAAAUGACCUUCCAUUUGUAUCUAUCUCAAGAUCCACUGGUCUAAACUACUGGAAGUUGCAUCAACUAGAGGACUCUGUCUUUCACUUGCAAAUGGAGAAUGAGAAGGUUCGCAGUAUACCUCACUCUGUUAUUGCUCCACUGGCAGUCAGUUCAUCAAGAGGCGUGGCUUGUGUUUUUGCUGCAAGAAAACGUGCCUUGGUCUACAUUCUGGAGGAAGAUGAAGACGAAGUCUCAGAUGCAGAAUGACUUGUAUAUAUAAAUUAAUUUCUCACUCACUCCUAGGACAAAUUUGUUUGUUUUACAUUCUCUUCCUCGGCG